UACUGAUAAACAAUUUAGACAGUUGCACAAGAAUGACAGCUACUAUUACAAUAAACAAUCACCAUAAUAAUUAUGCACUUGCAAGUAUAAAUGAAACCCAUUUUCCCCAGAAACUGGAGUGCAGAAGCCUAAACAAUUCCCAUUAUAUCUCUUACUCUCCUAGUAAGGGGGCUUCAAUCAUUUAAUCGAAUAAAAGAGAGCAUACAAAAGAAAAAUAGAAAACAAAAUAAAAGACAUCAGUGUAAAAUGUCUACUGAUAAUAUCAAUGGUGGUUGUGCUAGUGCUAGGAGCUUCACAGUACAGCUCCUAGCAGGGCGCUUCUUCAUUGUAUUUUCUACCCUCAUGAUCCUCGGCUUUAUUGGUGCUGCCUAUAUCUUUGGUCUAUACUCAGGUGACAUAAAGACAAGCCUUGGGUACGACCAAACCACCCUUAAUCUGCUUAGCUUCUUCAAAGACCUAGGCACUUAUGUCAGUGUCCAUGCCGGUCUCCUAAUGGAGGUGGCUCCACCUUGGGUGGUCCUUUCAGUAGGUGGCGUGGUGAACUUUUUUGGCUACUUCAUGAUUUGGCUUGCAGUCACCAACAAGAUCUCCCGCCCCCCAGUUUGGCUGAUGUGCCUCUACAUCACCAUUGGUGCAAAUUCUUUGGGGUUUGCCAACACUGGAGGGCUUGUGCCCUGUGUCCAAAACUUCCCUGAGAAUCGAGGGGUUGUGAUUGGGAUCUUAAAGUCAUAUCUUGGAAUAGGUGGGGCUAUAAUGACCCAAUUCUACCAUGCUUUGUAUGGGGAUAACUCUAACACUAGUGGGGUCAUCUUGAUCAUCUCUUGGCUACCAGCAGCUGUUUCACUGCUCUUUGCGUUUAGUAUUCGAGUCCUUGAUGUUGCCGGAAGAAAUAUCAAAAGAGACAAGAAGUUCUUUAGCGACGUCCUUUGCAUGUCUCUAGGUCUUGCUGGGUUCAUCAUGGUGAUGAUCAUAGUACAAAAACAAGUUGAGUUCAGCAAAGCUAGUUAUAGUGGAACCUUUGCUGUAAUUAUUGUUCUUCUCAUUUUGCCUAUCUUUCUAGUCUUCAGAGAAGAAUAUGCUAUUUGGAAAAACAAGCUUGCUAAUGCUUCCAAUACCCUUACCGAGCUAAAAAUUGUGCCUGAAAACCAUAUAUCACCUGCAAAAAAUCAAGCUAUAGCAACGAAUAGCUCUCCUGAACACGUAGAAUCAGCUUGGAAUAAAGAUGUGUUCCGUCCUCCAGCUAAGGGGGAAAACCACUCCAUCCUGCAGGCCACCUUUAGCGUCGACAUGCAAAUUCUGUUCCUUGCCACAAUAUGUGGGAUAGGAGGGAAUUUAACCACCAUAGACAACUUAGGACAAAUUGGGACUUCAUUAGGAUACCCAAAGAAAAGCAUUAGUGCGUUCGUGUCAUUAAUUUCUAUAUGGCAGUUUCUUGGGCGUGUAAUGGGAGGUCUCAUCUCAGAGCGCUUGUUAGACAAAUACAAGUGGCCUAGACCUGCCUGUCUUAGCAUCGUUCUCUUCGUAUCGUGCAUUCCUCACCUUCUCAUAGCCUUCAAUGCGCCGUAUGGCCUCUAUGUGGCAUCAGUCAUCAUGGGAUUUUGCUUUGGUGCAGAGUGGACUUACCUCUUCACAAUAAUAUCUGAGCUCUUUGGGCUCAAGCACUAUGGUACUUUGUACAAUUACGGCUCAUUGGCCGCUCCACUAGGGUCUUUCAUUUUCAACGUGAGAAUCGCCGGACAUUUGUAUGACCGGGAGGGAUUAAGACAACUCAAGGCGCUGGGCCUCACAAGGAAACAUGGCGAGGAGCUGCAUUGUUACGGAGUCAAGUGCUAUCAAUUGGCCUAUUUAAUAAUCACCGCGGCUACAUUCGUUACCGCUCUCGUGUCUCUGAUUCUUGUGGCUAGAACUAGGAAAUUCUACAAAGGGGAUAUAUACAAGAGGUAUCAAAAAAAGGAUUCUGCCUCAACUAACGUGACAUUGAGAGGGUAUUCAGGGAAGGAAGAUGAUGAGAUGAAUUAAUAGUUGUACCGCUUUUCAUUUGUUAUUAUCUAUACUUUUUAUCCAUUAAGUGGACUAAUGUAGUAGUGAUUGUAUGUAAGUGUGCAUUUUUAGUUCAUUUUCAGACCAAUUUUUUCAAAUAAGCCAUUCAACCAUACGUAAUAAAAUUAUACAGUAUGUAAUAAGUAUU